GCGAAAAACACCGCAGCAAGACAUGCCACAUGAGGAGCUUGCUCCAUGGCGCCCCAUGGGCAUCACCUCGCUGAAUGCGCCCCGAGACCGGCCCGCGGAGGACCAGCGCUGGCGACCAGCCAAAGGGGCACCUGAAGUGCCGCAGGAGAAACUUGAGCGUGCUCGACGUGCGGUGGGUGAUCAGUGCAUGAACGCUCGUGUUCCUGGCUACACGGGCUUUAUUCCCUCUGCCAAAGCGGAGGACAUCUAUGGCCGAACUCAAGCGGCCGUGGGUGCCGGCGCCAGAGAAGAGCAGUGGCAGAUGGACCAGCGCCGCGCGGCGCUGCACGAAUCCCUGCGAGCCUCGCAACAGCAUCCGUUACCCCACCCAGAGGAUCGCUUCACCGAUCCGGCACCGGACCCGCACCCCUUGGGGAAGGCCAAGGCCGAGAUAGUGAGACCCUACUGGGUUCCGACCAUCCCGGGCUACAGCGGGUAUGUGCCUGGCAAGCACGCGGAAAACAUCCAUGGCGGUGGCAUCAUCCACACCUGCAAAAUGGCUGGCCGAGCGAUUGCUGAGCGAACACCGCAGCCAGAGCCCUUCCCAGCCGUGACGCAGCAGGAUGAUCUGCCGAGAAGUCGCCUGGUGGAGCACUUCCAUGCGGAAAAUUCGGCCGAGAGGCCUGAGCGUGAUGGCCAUGCCGCCAAACUGCGUGAGCAUUGCAGCAAGCAAAUUCCCGGCUACACCGGUCAUGUACCUCGAGUGGAGGGGGAUACCAUCUAUGGUGCCACCACCCGCGCAGCGAACUUGGUCGCUGCGGAUCUCAUUGAGGACAGGAUCUACAAUCCAGCAAAUCACAUCAACAUGGUGUGUGCUCCCCAAGCUCCAGAACCUCGCAAACUGCGGAUCUGAGCGGCCGGGGGUGAUCUUUGAUGGGAAUGCUGUGAAACUUCAGCAGCACGGCCAAGACAUAACAAACAGAUUCCAG